GAGAGCGAAUUUCAUUUUUUUACAAGUUUUUAAAUUUGCUCACCGCUAUGGUAGAGUAGAUCUAUCAUAAGGAUAUUGACAGAUUAACUGUUCACUUCUUUCUCAUCGGAAGAUCUUUGUCCCUUUCUCCUCUCUACCUUGAAGAAGCUCGUGCCAUUCGACCAUGCCAGCGACUGAUGCAGACUUCGAUCUCAGAACGUCUCCUCAGUCCGCUUUCUCGUCAAUCGGGGAGUACACAUUUGCAGAUGCGGGGAACUUGGAGCAUUGUACGAAGUAUUUGAACCAGACGCUGGUUACCUUCGGAUUUCCAGCCUCGCUCGAUCUUUUUGCUAAUGAUCCGGUUUCGAUCGCGAGGACCUGCAAUUGUUUAUACUCUUUGCUGCAGCAGAGGCAAAGAGAUGUGGAAUUUAGAGAAUCCGCUAAUGACCAGAGACAACGACUGCUGUCAGACAUAUCCAGACUAGAGGCCAAAGUUGAGAGGCUUGAGUUGCAAUUACAAUCCAAAGAUAGGGAGAUUGCAACGAUUACUCGAACAGAAGCCAAAAACACUGCAGCUUUUAAGGCCCAAAUUGAAAAGCUACAACAGGAACGAGAUGAAUUUCAAAGGAUGGUUAUUGGAAACCAGCAAGUGAGGACUCAACAGAUACAUGAAAUGAAGAAAAAGGAAAAGGAGUAUAUAAAGUUACAGGAAAGGCUAAAUCAAGUCUUGAUGGAGAAAAAGAAGGAAUCCAGAUCUGGCAUGGAAAUAAUGAAUCUUCUCCAGAAAGAAGGGCGGCAGCGUGGAACUUGGAAUGGAAAGAAGGCUGAUAAUGAUUUCUAUAAAAAGAUUGUGGAUGCUUAUGAGGCGAAAAAUCAAGAAUUAGUGGCAGAGAAUGCUGAUUUAAGGGCAUUAUUACGAUCGAUGCAGGUGGAUAUGCGUGAUUUCCUUAAUGCUCCCAAUGGGUCGUCCAAGCAAUCUUCAGCUGGCCGUGAAAAAUCUGGAACGGAUCCCUCGCAAUCACCCUUGGUUGGGAGGACGGAUGUUUUUGAUCUACCUUUUCAUAUGGCUAGAGAUCAAAUAGAAGAAAGUCUCCGCACUAAGAUGACUUCCAUAAAGGAGCGCAUGGUUCAGCUACAGGAUGCUCAGAAAGGGGCAGAAGUUACUUCUGAAGCAACUGAAAGAGAGCUUGAGCUUGAGGCCCAACUUGUUGAGGCAAGGAGUAUAAUCCAAGAGCAGGCAUCAAUAAUGUCUAAACAUCUUGCAAAGUCAGAGAGGCCAAGGGAAUCUAUCAUUUCAUCACCCGCUGAGGCUUUCUUGGUUAUUACGUUCAGGGAUAUGACGUUAGCAAUGAGUGAUGGUACCCUUCAGAUUUUUGCUUGAAGAGUAGUUUAAGAUUGUAAACCUUUGUAUGUUCAUCCUGAUCCAAAUUUGUGUAUGAUCAAUACGGCUAUCUGUAAAUCACUAAAUCUCCAGAUUGUGUUUCUUCCCUGGUCCCUGUUCUUGUAGUUACAGAGUAAAAUUUCUUUGUUUAUCUACUGUAUUUUUAAGUAAUUCUCCCUCUUCAAUAUCAA